GACUGGGUCGAAGCGUAUUAUUACAGUAUCACUGUGUGUUGAUAAAUUAUGAUCUCAUAUGGAGAUGACAGAGGACAACCGCCGGUCGGGUCGUUCGUUGUUUGAGGUCACCAAAAGUAACCAGCACACACUCACUCGUCACUGUCGCUAAUGGACAAAUCGACCACGGGGUGGAAUGGGUGGUUGAGCCGUGCUUUCGGUCGUUUUCGGCGCUUUGGACGGCGGUAUGCCAGUCGCACUGGAACACGCGGGAGUGGUUUGGAACGAGUCGGCUUGGGUGCAGGGACAACUGGCGGCGGGGCGUCCCAGAAGGCGUUGAGGAAGGCUUCUACGUCCUGCUCUACGCGAUACGUAUGCAGGUCCACGUCGGAGGCAGCCAGGUCCUGGGCGUUGGCGCCGCAGGCCACGCACGUUCUCACGGCACGCGGCUUUGUCGGGUCCAAAUCGAACGAUCGGUUGUGCUUUGUGCAUCGAUACGCGCACACUUGACGGCGCGGACAGCGCAACUUGAGGCACAGAUUUAGCCCAACGUACUCGAAGUCGAGCGAAGUUGGGAGGACCAACGUGUCCACGGCACGGCCUCCGCACCGUGCACACAGCGCCACCACCAGGGGCCGCUUCAUGGAGAUAGGAAAUACGGCGGCGAGACACGACGUCAAGCUCUGCCUAGAACAGGACGGAGGGGCGACCCUGGACUUGUGCGGCGAAUGAGUCGGUCGGCAGGUGGCAGACGUUGUUGCGUUCCG